ACAUUGUUUUGCUUUUACCAGAAGGAGGAGUAAGUUACAUUAUGGCUGAACUUGGGUUUGCAGUGACCUGCUCUAGCAACAUGAAUCGCAGUAUGGAGGCUCAUGCUUUCCUAAGUAAAAAAGGCUUUAAUGUGAGAUCCUUUGGGACGGGAGACAAGGUGAAGCUACCAGGACCUGCCCCAGACAAACCCAACUGCUACGAGUUUGGAACAUCUUAUGAUGAUAUCUAUAAUGACCUUUUAAAAAAAGAUAAAACACUAUACACCCAGAAUGGGCUUCUUCAUAUGUUAGAUAGAAAUCGACGAAUCAAACCUGAACCGGAAAGAUUUCAGGUGUGCAAAGAGAAGUUUGACAUAAUUAUUACGUGUGAAGAACGAGUUUAUGACCAGGUUCUUGAGUGUUUAGAAGCACGGAUCCCAGAGGAGAAUACUCCCGUUCACGUAAUCAACAUAGACAUUCAGGACAACCACGAGGAGGCUACCAUUGGUGCAUUUAUGAUCUGCGAACUAGCGGCUUUGCUCUCAGGCACGGAGGAUUUAGAUAACGACAUUGAUGAACUUCUACAUGAAUUUGAAACUAAGUGCCAGAGGAAUGUGCUUCACUGUGUACAGUUUUACUAAUACUGACUGGUAAUAUUAUAAUAAGAACUUGGGAAGUAUAUAUCCAAAGUGGUCCAUUCCUUGAUGCUGAAUUGUGUUCAUAUAUUUUUAUCUAUAUGCAUUAUAUUAUAUUAAUUUUUGAGCUUAUUAGCUGUUGUAUAUUAAAUACAGUUAGCUUGACAUCAUUUAAAGUUUAACAUGCAAUAGUAAAGAAGGUUCUGGACCAAGACAGCGUUCAGACUGCAUCUCUGUUAAAUGAGUUUGUCAUUGUGUAUUGUAACAAUGUAUUGUUGACCAUUUAGGAAUAACAAUUUUACUACAAAACUGGCAUAAUUUUUUUUUAGUUAUACAGAGUGAUCUACUUUUGAAUUAUUAACUGAAUAGAUAUUUUGGUCCUUGAGCACAACAUACAUUGAUAUCAUGUACUGUAUUCUGUAAUACUUGGCAGCUAAUAAGAACUGGUCAAGAUUCGUUACCAACAAUGACAGUACUCCAUAAGAGAGAGAUAUAUACACUGAAUGCUGAUACAGUACUGCACUAUACUGUACUGUACUGCACUGUAAUUAUGAAUUAGUUUUGAAUGGGAUGAGUAGAAAAAUUUUUUCAAAGCAUGAGAGAAUCAAGUUGAAAGGUUACACAUCAAAUGGGCCCCAGUCUUAAUAAGUCUCAGGUUUACGUGGACCCCAACCUAACCAAUGGGCCCUAAUAAUAAGUGCACCACCUGUGAUUUCAGAGUCGUUCACAAAAUGUUUGAUUUUCCUCCAUAAAAAUUAAGUGCUAUUUUCA